UCUGUUUUUCCCUGGUCAUCCAGAGGGAAUACUUCACAGAUAAAAAUGCUUUGGGCCGGUUUAAUAACCCUCUUGCUGGGGUUAGCUGCGGCUAAAGACACUUAUGUCGUUAUUACGCCUAAAGACGUCCGCCCGGGAGUGCCCCUGAACAUCAGUGUCAAUAUUCUACACGCGACUGGCGAUGUGCACGUUACAGCUAAACUCAUCCAUGUGACCGACAAAUCAGUGAAAGCCUCUUCGUCUGCAACUUUCCAACAACAUGUCCCUGACACCAUGCGAAUUAUGGUCCCAGAUACGAUUCCAAGCGGGACGUACCAGCUUACAGUUGAAGGUUCCAAUGGUCUCACUUUCACAGACAAAACAAAUCUUCAUUACGCUUCCAAGGGCAUGUCUAUCUUUAUACAGACGGAUAAAGCCAUGUACAAACCUGGCCAAACAGUCAAUUUCCGAACAUUCGCCAUUUAUCCCAAUUUGACAGUUUACAGUGGGCCCAUGGACAUUGAGAUUUACGAUCCCAACAGCAAUAAAAUUAAGCAAUGGUUUGGACUGAAAGACGCCAGCGGGGUACUUACUAAUGUUAUGGCAAUGGACACGAAACCGGUACUGGGAGACUGGAAAAUCCGUGUCAAGACACACGGAUUGACCAAAGACAAGAUGUUUACAGUUGCUCACUAUGUCUUACCGAAAUUCGAAGUGACCGUUGACUUGCCGUCGUACGAUUUGACGUCAGCAACAGACAUUAAAGGAACUGUGAAGGCAAAGUAUACCUAUGGAAAACCGGUGAAUGGAACUGUGAAAAUCCGAGUCCACGUUGACUUUUACCAAUCUCAAUACUAUCAUUCGCCAGCUAUCCCAACCAUGGAACUGACAAUGGACAUCAACGGGGAGGCCAAGUUUACUCUGCCUGUGUGGGGACUGACCGGUUACACCCACUAUACCUCACUGAACGACCAGAACGUCGUGGUAGAGGCCAACGUUACAGAGAGUCUUACACAGAUUACUCUCGACGGGACUAGUAAGAUGCAUUUCUACACCCACGCCGAGAAGUUAGAACUUCUUCCGUCUAACCCUACAACAUUUAAGCCUGGUCUUCAGUACAUUGCUUAUGCCAAAGUGGUCCAACAAGAUGACAUGCCAUUGGCCGCGGGCUCAAACAAGUCGUUGAUCGUACAAACGAGCGUAACAGCCAACCUGCCUGAGACAACUACACCUAUGUAUUAUUAUGGUCCACAAACCAUGAACUAUCAACUGCCUGAUCAGAACUUCACUCUCACAUAUACAGGACUUGUCCAGGCUAAGAUCGACAUUCCACACAAUGCAACCAGUAUUUCCUUAAAGUUUAAGUAUGGCCAAAUUACGCAAUAUCAAUCCGUGCAAAGGAGCUAUUCUCCUUCGGACAGCUUCAUGCAGAUAUUCCUGGAGUCAAAUAACCUACAGGCUGGCCAUGACAAAGUAGUGGAUUUCCGAGUAGUGUCCACCUCACCAAUCGACAAGUUAAUUUAUCAGGUGCUUGGCCGAGGCAGUAUCGCAGUGUCAGGAUCUAUAAAUGGCAACAACGCAAAAGCAUUCCAAUUUCACGUCCCACUGAAUGCUAAGAUGGCACCAAAUGCGAGAAUCGUUGUGUACUACGUCAGAGCUGAUGGAGAAAUCGUCACAGACAGCAUAAGCUUUGACGUUUCUGGAACUUUUGAAAACGAGGUAUCCAUUCGGUUCGACAAAACCAAAGCCCAGCCUGGUGAAGGAAUCAUUGUUGACGUUACAGCUGAUCCUAACUCCAUCGUCAAUCUUUUAGCCGUAGAUCAGAGUGUACUUCUCCUUAAGAGCGGAAAUGACAUCACGCCUGCAGAGGUCGUUGAUGAACUGAAGUCGUAUGACACCAUUGUACAUUGCAACAAUGGCGGCCCCAUAUUCUUCCGAGGGGGUGGAUUUGGGGGGGGCGGAAUCAUGCCUGAGCCUAUGCAUGUGGGAAGGAAGAAGCGUAUGAUAUGGUGGCCUUUCACAACUUAUUAUGGAGGAUCGGACGCCGAACAGAUUUUCCAGAACGCCGGAGUAAAUGUUAUGACUGAUGCGCUAGUAUAUCACUAUGUUGAACCAUACUACCCGGAUAGAUAUCCCACGGUUAGCGCUGGAAUAGGCCCAGACGCUGCCCCUGUGCUAAAAGAAGUGGAGACAAUUCGCUCCGAUUUCCCAGAAACAUGGCUCUGGCUAAAUAAAACUGUCGGACCAGACGGCCACGUGACCAUUGCUGCCACAGUCCCGGAUACGAUUACGUCAUGGGUUGCCAGUGCCUUUGCUGUCCACGCCACCAGUGGUCUCGGAAUCGCUCCAACAAGCGCAAAGGUUGAAGCCUUCAGACCAUUCUUUGUCAGCCUGACAUUGCCUUACUCAGUUGUGAGAGGAGAACAACUCGUACUGCAGGCCAAUGUAUUCAACUAUAUGACUAUGGAUAUGGACGUCGUUGUCACAUUAGAAAAGAAUGAUGAUCUGGUAAAUGUCGUAUUCGAUACACAUGGCACAGAGUCCUACAUCGCCCAGACAACAACAAAGACUGUACACGUAACAGCUGGUGGAACAAAAUCUGUUUUUUUCCCUGUGGUUCCUGCCGGUCUUGGUUCUGUCAGUAUUAACGUGAAGGCCCAGUCUACGUUGGCCGCCGACGCUGUUAGGCGACAACUCCUUAUUGAGGCUGAAGGUGUCCCGAAAGAGUACAAUAUACCGAUGCUUGUUGACCUGAAACACAACACCAACUUCGCGGAGACAGUUGAUGUCACAUUACCUGCUGGGGUCGUCGCCGGAUCACAGCGAGUGCGUGUUUCGGCUAUCGGUGACUUAAUGGGACCAACGGUCAAUGGGCUAGACAAACUUUUGCGCAUGCCAACCGGAUGUGGAGAACAGACGAUGUUAGGUUUCGCACCUGAUGUGUUUGUAACUAACUAUCUCACCGAUACCCACCAGUUGACAUCAAGUGUCGAGGAGAAAGCGAUCAACUUUAUGGAGAAAGGAUACCAAAGAGAACUAACUUUCCAGCACAAGGAUGGAUCAUUCAGUGCUUUCGGAGACAGGGACCCAUCGGGUAGCAUGUGGCUAACGGCUUUUGUUGCGAAGUCAUUCCACCAGGCGAAACGUCAUGUCUUUAUCGAUGAUGAAACUCUAACCGGAGCUAUUGAUUGGAUGAUAAACCGCCAGGCAGCAAAUGGUUCCUUCCCAGAACCUGGUCGUAUCAUUCAUAAGAACAUGCAGGGUGGAUCUGCCUCCGGUGCUUCUUUGACCGCCUUCGUCCUUAUCGCCUUACUGGAAAACAGUGACCUGCAAGGAGGUGUGCACCUGAGGAUACAAUCAGCAGCCAAUAAAGCCCAGACAUACCUGGAGGGAGAGGUAUCCGCCAUGACAGACCCCUACGGCCUAUCCAUUUGCAGCUACGCAUUGACUUUAGCAAGAAGUCAUUCCUCCGCAACAACCUUCCAUAAACUCAUGGCCACAGCAGUUACUAAAGACGGUAUGACCCACUGGCAUGAACCAGAAUCAGCCUCAUCCUCAACCGGCCACUACUGGUCCCCACCCCAUCAGCAAUCCAAGCCAGUGGAUAUUGAGAUGACGUCAUAUGGCCUAAUGGUGUUUGCUCACAACGGUCAGUUUACUGAAGGGCUUCCUUUCAUGAAAUGGAUCACAAAGCAGAGGAAUCCCAAUGGAGGCUUUUCUUCAACUCAGGAUACCGUAUUAGCACUACAGUCCUUGUCCGAGUUCGCUCGUAUCGGAUAUUCUGAACACUUCAACAUGCAAAUCGGAAUCACAGCUGGACAAACUACUCACAAGUUUAACGUCACCAGACAGAAUGCAUUGGUACUUCAAUCAUUGGAACUCCCAUCCAUACCAAGCCACGUGACUGUUACAGGAACCGGAAGUGGAAUGGGCCUAGUCGAGGUAUCUGUAUUCUUUAAUGUUGAGCAAGAGGUCGAACAGCCAUCAUUUGAAGUUGAUGUUACGAUUAUCGAAGAAACAAUCAACUCCCUAAAAGUCCGAUCCUGUACAAAGUGGCUGAAAACUGGAGCCAGUGGAAUGGCCGUGCAGGAAGUUGGAGUGCCGACCGGUUUCGCCCCUGAUGUUGAAAGCAUAGGGAAAAUUGCCACCCUGAAGAAGACUGAGACAGAGAAUCGCAAGGUCAUUUUGUACUUUGACGAGAUUACCACGACUCCCCUGUGUGUAACUAUGGACGCCUUCAGGACGGACAAAGUUGCCAAGUCGCAGCCGGCUCCUAUCAGAGUCUAUGACUACUAUGAGCCAAGUAACCAAGUGACGAAGUUCUACCAGUCCACAGUGCUGAAGAACUCUGGUGUCUGUGAUGUCUGUAAUGAAUGUGGCUGUCAUGGACAACAUUAGACUGAAAUAAUGAAAAACGGCCAAAGUUAGUUCUGCACGAUUUUUU